CCCAAAUCAACCCCACCUACUUUUACAUUCCAGCCUCAAACCCUUAAACCUCAAUUCCCCCUUUUCACCAAACCAUACCGAACCAUCCACUCACUCUCCCACCAUGUCCGCCACCACCAAACUCCCCCCUUCGCUCACCACGCCACCCCCACCUGUGCCACACACCAUAAUCUCCUUCCCAAAACCGCACAUCCUCCUCAUCACCCUCAACAGACCCAACCAACUCAACGCCAUCCCGCCCGUUCAGCAUUUCGCCCUCGAGCAUCUCUGGGACUGGUUCGACGCGCAGCCUUCCCUCCGCAUCGCCAUCCUCACGGGUUCCGGCCGCGCCUUCUGCGCCGGCGCGGAUUUAAAGGUCUGGGAUGACACCAACACCUCCAACUCCGCCUCGAAAAAUCCGCCGGAACUGGUUCCGCGCGCGGGGUUCGGGGGCAUGAGUAAUCGCGGAGGUCUGAAACCGAUUAUCGCCGCGGUCAACGGGAUUUGUUUCGGUGGCGGGUUUGAGAUGGCUAUUAAUUGCGACCUCGUGAUCGCGGCGGCGGGAGCCAAGUUCGCGCUUCCGGAGGUCGCGAUCGGGGUUAUUGCGGUGGCGGGGGCGUUGCCAAGGUUGGUGCGCAGUGUGGGGAGGCAGAGGGCCGCGGAGAUGGCGCUUUCGGGGAAGAGGUACGAUGCCCGCCAGAUGUUGGAUUGGGGGCUAGUUAAUGAGGUUGUGGAGGAUGGGGGAAAGGUCCUGGAGAAGGCGGUGGAGUGGGCGGAGAGGAUCGCGGGGAAUAGUCCUGAUGCGGUGGUUGUGACGAGGGAGGGGUUGAAGUUGGGGUGGGAGGGCGUGGGGCCGGAGCAGGGCACGGAGAUCCUCCGGACGGGCUGGUAUCAGCGGUUGAAGGCGGGUGAGAAUAUGGCGGAGGGUGUGAAGAGCUUUGUUGAGAGGCGGAAGCCGGUUUGGAAGGAUAGUAAACUGUGAUCCGGAUGUCGGAGUUGAGGAACACGUGCGAGAUUGGUAGCAGGCUUAGAGAAGUGUAGAAUUGGUAGGUACAGGACGACGUCGAGACUCCCACUCUCAUUGAAUCCAUCCAUCAAAUACCUAUAGCGACUAAAUAAUGCGACGGCUGUCUGGAUAUCUGUUAAAAAUAUACCCGUCCC